AUGUCUUUUUGUCUCUCUGUAUGUCUCUCUGGCUGUGUGUCUCUCUCUCUGUCUACAUGUCUGUCUGUGAGUUAUGUAAACUGACACAGUUGAGCUCAAGGUCCAAACGGAGCCACAGACACAUUUUUGUCCUAUAAAAUAGAAUCCUUGGUAACUAAACAGCUAAUAACUGAAGCAACACCAGCAACACAAUGAGCCAUCUUCCUUUUUUCUGUUUUUAUUUGACUGCUGGACUCACAGUGUCGUCUUGUCUUCGGAUUCUGAACCCACAUCAGGACUGCAGACAACCGGGUCUCGCCAAUUGCAAAAUCAAUAACUGUUCAGAUAAACACAAGGUAUAUGGUGCUCCCAGCGGCCCCGACUUGGAUCCUGAGCAUGUGGGAGUCGUGACUGACAAAAGUGGGAGCGUCCCCAGUAUGAAUGUGACAUGGAGAUUAAAGUCAGAUGGAGGUGUGUUACACCUUUCUGGGUCAGAGAUAAAUAUUCGGGAUGAAAAAAGUAAUCAAAGUGUGUGUGUGCAGUUUUCUUUCAAUAUGAGUAAACAGCUGAAUCCAAGCUAUACGAGGUGGACAUUUUCCUUGGACGGAGUUGUGGUCGAGCCUGAACAUACAUACGCAGUGUCAGUUGUUAAUUUGCCAGAAUCCAAGAAUGGAAAAAACAGCAUCACAAAUAUAAUUAUUAUCCCAGGAUGUGGUGACAGCAGAAUCCAAACGGCUCAAAUGUGUAUUGAAAAUGAUAGUCUAUGGAAGCCUCACAUGACCCAAGCCAUGAUUUUGGAUAAGGAAAAGAAAAAGUUCUUUGUCGUUGUGGGUUUUGAGGCAGCAGAGUAUUCAGAGAGAUACCAAGUCUCCAUCAAGAUCCAGAAUUACCAUUAUUCACACAAUGUCUCAAAGGAGAACCGAACAUCACUGAACGUGACAUUUGAAUUUGGUUUUUGGCCGCUCCCACAGUGUGAAAUGUUGAUAUCGAUUCAACCCUUUUUUAUACGAUGCAAAAAUGACUGUCAACGCCACGAGAAAACAAUCAAAGAGUGUCCUUAUUAUUCACGGACUUUCAUUAUAAAGGCAGUGGUGGGCCUGUUUGUCAUUGAGCUUUUUUUUUUUUACUUCCUGUGGAGAGCAUGUCAUAAAGGUUCCCUGAACACAUCCUCAUCUGCUGCCAGACACCAACCGGAGGGUUUUCAAAUGCAAGAGAGAAAACGAGUCCUGGUCCUCUACUCCCUCGACCACCCCUUGUACAAAAACAUCGUUCUCAAGCUGUGUGGCUUCCUUGCAGCCAAAUGCGGCACAGAAGUGGUGCUGGAUCUGCUGGACUCUGCCAGUCUGGGAGCAAUGGGAAGGAUUCAGUGGUUGGACUGGCACAGAGAGCAAAUCGAAAACUCCUCAGAUAAGAUACUACUCCUGUGCUCAAGAGGGGUACAGGCCAAAUGGAGAGCCAUGUGUGGAGACAAACAGGUUAUUCUGAGGGAGGACGUCCACUCACCUGUAGGCGACAUGCUCACUCCAGCACUCUGCCUCCUGGUCCCACAUUUCAUCCGAUCUGCAUCCUUUGAAAAAUACUUGGUGGCUUAUUUCGAUAAUGUUUGUUCAGAAGAGGACGUUCCUUCACCUUUCAACAUCGCAGUGAGGUACAAGCUGAUGAAACAGUUCGAGGAGCUCUUUUUCAGGAUCCUGGACACAGAGAAGCAUGAACCAGGCAGAAUGAACCACAUCGAAGGGCUUUCAGAGGACGUGUACCAUCAGUGCCCCUCGGGUAGAGCCCUGCGGGAUGCCAUAGAGGCUUUCUAUGCACAUCAGCUGGAGCAUCCACACUGGUUUGAAGAAGAAUCACUGGAGGGCUCAGAGCUGCAGGCUGAUGAGCCCCACAUGGCCAAGCAGCCUGACAGAUCUCAUACCGUACCUAACUCCACCUAAGUCAUCAGCCAUGUAAAGACCUGUGAAACUGAUUUCACUGCUGACAGAAUGGCACUCAAAGGAGCCGAGCAGCCAUUAAUGUGCUCCUCAGCUGAGUUCAGAUCUUACUGUUGAGGCAAAGCAGCCAGUUCGACUGUAUCCGGGUGAUGAUGCUCUUGAGGAAGAUCUUACCAGGAAAACACUGAGGGUAGCACUUCACUUAUGUAGUUUAAUGACAAGUACGGCCUGAUUCAGAGGCCGAAUUCUGUGACAUCAUCAGAAACUAAACUAGAAAGCAUUGGAGCGCAUACCAAGGCUCAAUAGUCCAUUUAAAUUCACACAAUGUCCCGUAAAUAGGCCCGAUUUUUCUCAUCUAGACCCAUUAAUUAUUCAGUGGGAAAUCAGUGUAAAAAUCCCUGGAUCCAUAGCAAAAUGUUAUGGGUUCUUUACUGACUCAUUCCUCAUCCUGACAUUAAAGGGGACAUUGUAUGCCCAUUUUACCACAAGUUGAUAUGGUUCCUUGGGGUCUUAAUGAAAUG